CGCUCCCAACCCAGCCAACCGGGAUCUUCAGCCUCUAGCAGGGAAAGUCGUCUGCAAGACGCCUGAGACAGAAAACCCACAGCACAGUUUAUAAAUGAGAAAGCUGAGGGUGCCCGCGGUCACCCCGAGAGUCAGGGGCACGGCUGGGACCAGAACCCAAGUCUCCUGACUCCCACUUUCACGCCCCCUCUUCCCCUCCCCCAGACUCAUCCCGGGGGAGGACAGGUGCAAUUGGAAAAGGGUGUCCCUCGUCGCCCCCCGCAGAGCCACGCCUGCACCUCAAAUCAGCUCGCCGCUUUGAUAACGGGGGUCCGUCUGAGGACCUGGCCGCCCUCUGACAGUCUUUCAGGAUUCUUCUGGACUUCGCGCAGCUCCCGUCGCCGCGGUGACAACACCGUCCCUUCCCGCAGCUAGCCGGGUCUCCCGGUCUCCACGGUAACCGGUGCUUUGCGACCUUCGGUUUGCAGCCGGUCGCGCUGCCAGUGCGGCAGUGGUUGCUGGGCGACGGCGGCGCGUGGCAGGGACCCGGGCGGUUCCUGGGGGGCAGGCGGGGGGAGGGGUCAUGGCGCUCGCGGGGUCCCCGGGGGGCGCGGGCUGGACCUGGCGGCCGGUGGCCCGGGACGCGCUCCUGGCGCGGGCCUUCCAUUCCUGCACUGAGCUGCGGGGACGCUUCUACCUGGUGGGGGGCCUCCCGGCCGGAGGGGCGACGGAGCCGAGCGGCGACACGGUGGUCUUCGACCCGGCGGGGGGCCAGGCCGUACGGCUGGGGGCCCGGGGCGGCCCGCGGCGCAGCCACCACGACGCGGCGCCGGUGGGCGGGCGCUGGCUCUGCGUGGUGGGCGGCUGGGACGGGUCGCGCCGCGUGGCCACCGUAGCCGCGCUGGACACGGAGCGCGGAGCGUGGGAGGCGUGGAGCGCGGCCCCCGGCAGCCGCCCCCCCGCCGGCCUCAGCAGCCACACCUGCACCCGCGUCUCCGACCGCGAGCUGCGGGUGGCGGGCCGGGAGGGCGGGACCCGCACCCAGCGUCGCUACGGCAGCGUCUACACGCUACGGCUGGACCCCGGCGCCCGCACCUACAGGUAUGGCACCCCGGGCCCCGCACCGUCCCCCGUCCCUUCAUCUGUGCUCUGGAAAAGCGCAGGGGAACAGAAUCGCAGGCACCCCGGCCACAGCCGCACCCCGGCACCCGCCUCCCCCCGCACCCACCGUGACUACGAUGGCGAGCUCGCUCUCUGCCGGUGCUGCCCUCUCUCUCAUCCGACCGCAGCUCGGUCCCUGCCUCCUUUCCAUGCUUGGCACCACAGAAAGGGACUGGGGAAAGGGCAGUACAGCGCUUGUAUUUUCCAGAAAACCCAACUCGGGCCCGAACUGCUGCAUAUCCACAGCUAUAAGGAAGAGGGCUGUCACACAGCCUCACGCUCGGGUCACUGCGCUGCCCUGCUCCAAACUCCCGGGCCCCGCCCAGGCCAUCAGCUCCUGCUCUUUGGGGGCUGCAACUCGGCUGAACCAGAAGUGGCCGGGCACUGGAGUCCCGGGAAGCUUGGGGAGGAACCACCUGCUGCCCCCCAUCUGAGGGAGCAGCUUGCCAGGCUUGUGAGCACUGGGCGGGGGUCCCGGCAGGGGCCCCGGGGCCUGCGGCAUCACUCGUGUUCCGUGGUGGGGCCCUUUGCCGUGCUGUUUGGCGGAGAAACUCUGACCAGAGCCAGAGACACCAUCUGCAAUGACCUGUACAUCUAUGACACCCGCAGCUCUCCUCCUUCGUGGUUCCACUUCCCCUGCGCAGACCAAGGGCUGAAGCGCGUGGGCCAUCGCACCUGCCUUUGGAACGACCAGCUUUACCUGGUUGGGGGUUUCGGUGAGGAUGGCAGGACGCCUUGUCCACAGGUUUGCAUCCUGGACCUUUCUGUCUAAAGAAUAUGCCAAGACACAUCGCCAAGCCCCCGUUUUGUUGCAAACUCGCAGCGCGUUACCACCAGAGCGAUCUGCCUCAUUUCACCUGCUUAUUAAAUUUCAAU